UCUGUCUGCGGGGACGGGGCGGGGCGGGGCGGGGCCUCGGCCGGCUGGAAGCAGCCACGCGCCCCGGGCCUCGGAUCUGCGCCCAGGCAGGGCGGGCGCGGAGUUUUCCGCCUCCGACGUGUUUCCGGCCUUAAAGGCAUUCCGCCCUUCCCUUUAAGACGCACCGCCCCCCUCUCAGUCACUCCCAAGAUGGCGGACCUACUGGGCUCCAUCCUGAGCUCCAUGGAGAAGCCACCCAGCCUCGGUGACCAGGAGACUCGGCGCAAGGCCCGAGAACAGGCUGCCCGCCUGAAGAAACUACAAGAGCAAGAGAAACAACAGAAAGUGGAGUUUCGUAAAAGGAUGGAGAAGGAGGUGUCAGAUUUCAUUCAAGACAGUGGGCAGGUCAAGAAAAAGUUUCAGCCAAUGAACAAGAUAGAGAGGAGCAUACUACAUGAUGUGGUGGAAGUGGCUGGCCUGACAUCCUUCUCCUUUGGGGAAGAUGAUGACUGUCGCUAUGUCAUGAUCUUCAAAAAGGAGUUUGCACCCUCAGAUGAAGAGCUAGACUCCUACCGUCGUGGGGAGGAAUGGGACCCCCAGAAGGCCGAGGAGAAGCGGAAGCUGAAGGAGCUGGCCCAGAGGCAGGAGGAGGAGGCAGCCCAGCAGGGACCUGUGGUGGUGAGCCCUGCCAGCGACUACAAGGACAAGUACAGCCACCUCAUCGGCAAGGGAGCAGCCAAAGACGCAGCCCACAUGCUACAGGCCAAUAAGACCUACGGCUGUGUGCCCGUGGCCAACAAGAGGGACACCCGCUCCAUUGAAGAGGCUAUGAAUGAGAUCAGAGCAAAGAAGCGUCUGCGGCAGAGUGGGGAAGAGUUGCCACCAAUGUCCUAGGCACCCCGCCCAGCUCCCUUUGACCCCUGGGGCAGGGCAGGGGACAGGGAGGGACAAGGCUGCUGCUAUUAGAACCCAUCCUGUAACCCCACCUCUGAACCGCCUCCUACCAGCUGUCCCUCAGGCUGGGGGAAAACAGGUGUUUUAUUUGUCACUGUUGGAGCUUGGAUGUGUGUGUGGGGUGUGUGGGUGUGUGUGUGCUCGAGUGUGUGAGUGUGAAUGCACAAGUGGGUAUUUAAUCUGUAUUCCCCGUUCUUGGAAUUUUUUUCCCCAUGGGGCUGGGGUUACUUUACAUUCAAUAAAUACCAUUUAACCC